GUGAGAGUAUAGCAAAAAUAGUAGGCUUGAAAAUCGACAAUACAUCUGAUAUAGAAAUAUACGGUCCCAUUAGUGAGCUCAAUAUAUUGGAAAUAAUUUGUGCAAUGAAAAUUUUGGUCCUGUUUAAAGAUUGGAAAUGGAAGCAAGAAAGUGCAAUGAAAGUGGACUUCCCAAAUAAAACUCUUACAUUGCUCGAUGGAACUGAUAUACAAUUAGUUAUCGAACCAAAAAUUCCAUCAACACAACUCAAUCAGUCUGUAGAUGAUUACUUCAAGAUGAUAAAGGUAUAUGCUAUAGCAUUGGAUAUCAACUUAGAUAAUCAAGACCUUAAGGGAACUUUCUUUAAUGGCCUAUCACAAGAUAAUAAAAAAGAAGUAAUUCGAUUCGGGUUUAAAAAUUCUCUGAAUGAAAUAGUUGACCACUUAAAUAAGAUCUCAACCGGACCUACUGAUAUUCAGAAAUUCCGAUUUGGGGGUUUGGAGCAAGGAAAUGAUUCAGUAAUGGAGUAUUUUGCAAAAGUAAAAAAAUGUAAUGACUCACUUGGAUAUGAUGAAGAACAUCUUAAACAUCAAUUCCUUCGUGGAUUAAAUUCUGAUAACCAUAUGGAAGCCAGAAGAUGUGGAUUGGACCUUCCAUUAGAUGAGUUAGUAGAAAGGCUGAGCACUUUGGAGAAUAUUGAGAAAAUUCAAAGUGGUAUAUCGGCUAGUCGUGGAAAAAUCAAAGAUGCUGAUAUGUUAAUACAAGCACAUCUCAAAAUAGAGUAUCUCGAUUUCGCCGGGGUUAUGGCUUUUCGAAACGAUUUUCUUAUUGUAGCUAUUAUCAGGUCUUCUCCAAAUUUAAAACAUUUCAAUAUUUCCCAUAAUGAUGUCGGCGAUGAGGUUGUUGAGGCACUAGCUCAUACAUGCCACGAAAUAGAAUAUCUUGAUCUUGGAGGGUGUGAUUUCAUUACCGAACCAUCGAUAUGCAAUGUUAUUCUAAAACGACUCAAUCCAAGUAUACAUAUUGAAAAUUACGAUUCAUCAUAUGAACAGUCUGAUUCUGGAUCGUCUGAUACUUCUGAUUCUGACCCCAAUGACAACAUACAGACGUCGGAGGAAGAUAUUUUGGUGAUGGUUCAUCCCCGUCGCUAUUAUUAUCCCAGUCUAAGUCGUAAUCGGCGAAAAGAGAACCGAAUUUCCAUUUUUGCUUGA